AUGUAAGGCCGAGAACUAUAUAGCAGCAGUAGCAGCAGCAGCAGCAGCAGCGGAGUUGGUAGGUUCUGCGCACGCGAAUUUACGCGAUACACACACGCGAAAAUGUUUGCUCCGUUCCAGGUGGAGCCGCAGGCGCGCAAAUGUGUAUAGCAGCAGAGGUUUUUAGCAGCAGCAUCUGAGAGAGUGCGAGAAGGCCGCGGCAAAUAGCGCAGGCUACAGCAGCAGCAGCAGUUGCAGAGGCAUCCGAGAGGCGAGAGCCAAGGCUGGGCACAAGUGCUGGUGCGUGUGUGCAGCGCGAAUUAUCCGUGCGAGUGUGCAGCAGUGCCGAGAGGGAGAUCGUCGGAGUUCGCGUGCUCUUCUCCGUGCAGUGCACAAGAGAGUAGUGCUCGUAGGUGUGUAUGUGUUGUAGGUGUUGGCGUGUUGGUGCGGGUGUCGCGCGAGUGCAGCUGCAGAAGAGAUAGCGAGUCGAGAGCGCGAGCUUGGGGGGCUGAUGCUGCUGCUUUCUCUCCUUGGCAUCAUCCGCGUCUCGUCCGAGUCUUGACCCUUGACCAAAACCAAAAAGGAAGGAAAGAAAGAAACCACCGCCGCCCUGCCGAUAUCCCACGAGUCGUCUUCGUCCUGUUACUCCAUACUUCGAGCCCUUUUUGCUGAGAUCUGCCGCCGCAGUCGCCGCCGCCUCCUUUGUGCAUAAUACACGAUACAUGUUUUGGCGACGCUCGUAGCUCUUCCGAGUCUCAGGAGAAAGCCAUAAGCAGUAGGUACAGCUCGAUGCACUUGCUGUGACGACGAAAGUGCAGCAGUGACAAUAACAACAACAACAACAAUUGGCCCCACGACUGCCAAAAGCAUCGUAGGCCAGCAGCGAGAAGUGAACCGACUCGAGUGCGGGUCAUGCUGCUCCAAGCGUCAACGAUAAACGUAAUCGAAGCGAAGCAGCAGCAGCAGCAGCAGCAACAACGGUGAAGUGAGUGCACAUUAUACACGAGAGGGUAGCAGCAACGAGUAUACUGCCCACCACUAAGCAGCAGCAGCAGCAGCAGUAGCAGCUGAAUUAAAGCAGCCAGCACACACACAGACACACGUACAAGGACAAUCUUUAGGACAACGAGCAAUCAUCACACAUCACACAUCAUGUCGGAUCGGGAGAGCCUCGACGAUCAGCCUCAGAAAUAUGGCAACUCAGGAAGCAUGGACGCGUCUGGAGCAGAUUUCGAGUCCGGCCAACAAGGCCAGCAGGGCGAGCAGGAGUUGGCCACGAAGAUGCUUCAGAUCCAGAGCAAACGAUUCUACCUCGACGUCAAACAGAACAAACGCGGCCGAUUCAUCAAAGUCGCCGAGAUCGGCGCCGACGGCAGGCGGAGUCAAAUAUUCUUGGCGUUGAGCACUGCAUCCGAGUUCCGGGAUCAUCUUUCGACGUUUAGCGACUAUUACGCUUCCUUAGGACCACCCAAUCCGGAAAACGUACCUGACGACGGCAAGCUCAAAUCCGAAAAGAUGAUCAAGGAUAAUCGGCGCUACUAUUUGGACCUGAAGGAAAACUCGCGUGGACGCUUCCUGCGGGUGUCGCAGACGAUUACGCGCGGCGGACCCAGGACUCAGAUCGCGAUUCCGGCCCAGGGGAUGAUCGAGUUCCGCGACGCCCUCACGGAUCUGCUCGAGGAGUUCGGCACCGACGACGGCGGCUUCAAGGGCGAGCUUCCCGACGGCCGCUACAUGCGCGUCGAUAAUAAAAAUUUCUAUUUCGACAUCGGACAGAAUAAUCGCGGCAUCUACAUGAGAAUUUCCGAGGUGAAAACCAACUUUAGAACAGCCAUAACGGUGCCUGAAAAAUCGUGGGCCAAGUUCCGCGACGUGUUCGCCGAUUACUGCGACAAAAUGAAAGAAGGCAGUGGUAGCUCAUUGUCGGCCUCUGGCUCAACCGGUGGCAGUACCGACAACGCCAAGAGCCCAGGACAGGCAGCGCAGGCAUCGUCGCCCUCCGGCACCUCUCAACAGCAGCAGCCGCCACAGCAGCAGCCUAAUAAUUCCAGCGCAAAUCUCGACUCACCCCUCAUCAAGUGAAAAAGGCUUUAACUUAACUCGAACUCUGAUGAUGAUUAAUUGCACCUCUGACUCUCGUUCUCUCUAUCUCAUCGAUUCUCCGAUACUACUACUACUAAUAAUAAUUAAUAUUAUUACUAUUCGACAUUCGCAUAAAAAAAAACCUACGGUAAUCACAUUAUUUCAAUUGUAUUGUGAAAAUGUUUCAUAUGUCACUAUCUUCACUGUUAUCGACACGAGAACGCUUCUGUACGCGUUUGCGAGCUAAGCUGCUCUCAAUGGUGUUUUACGAACCCAGUGAUUCUACUUUAUUAAAAACACCAAAAUCAUCAAUUAUUCUGACCAUUACGAAAAGAAAAAUGAUUAAACAGAAUAUAGAGAGUAUCGAGAAAUCAAGCGCCACUCUAUUAAAACAAAAAAGUAAUAACAAUAACUAAUGAGGUCGAGAGGGUUCGAGGCAAGGAUAACAGCGUCGUCAUCCACGCGUCGCGCUUCAACUCCUCCGUGGUCCGUGUGUCCACACCCAUCGUGAUCUUCUUUUUCUGCCAAGCAGAAUCGAUGCAUUAUAUAAUAAUUAUUAUAAUUAUAUUAUUAUGAAAACAAACUAUGCGAGAGUACAGUUAACGCCGCGAAAGAUGGAGUAAAAACGCAAACGACUAAACGUAAUGACUAUAUCUAAUUUCCUGCUGCCCUUCGAUUGUGUAUAAUAAAUAUAUUAUUAUAUUAUAUACAUAAAUGAAUAUAUAUUUAAAAGUAUAGGCCGUUUAAUGCGAUUGCGCCUUUGAAAGGUCUCGCUUGGCCUGGUGAUUUCUCACUUUUAGAAUCAUCGAUUAUUGAACAAAUUAAUUGAUGAAUUGAAAUAUAAUACGAAGUCAUGAGCGCGCACGCCAAUCGUACGCGCCUCGUUAAUGACUCGUGUGUGUACACGUUUAAAAUAAAUGUAUUGUAUAUACGUAUGUAUAUUUGCACACGCUUACAUGUAACAAAUUUUAAUAAUAAUAAUAAUAAUGUAUGUGCAAGUACACGUACGUUGAGAAAAGUUUGAAAAACUGAAAAAAAAAUUAUAAGCGAGCAACGACGAUGGGCAGUUUUAUGGAAAAGUUUCCUUUCGUCGAUAUUUCUGAGAUCAGAAUCAUUCAAAGAUGUACCCGCAUAACUAGAUCUUAUACCGAUAAUUAACUUUACAAACAUCAAGUCCUUGAAGGAUAUGAUUUUUUGCCAUCAAUUAAGUAUACUAUUAUAAAUUUUUACAAUUGUUUGCGGUCGUUUACCGGGUGAACGAUGUCAGAUUGUUCGUUUUAUUGCGAAGUGUCAUUUUUAUCAUCUAAACUUUCGAUAUGAAUUAUUAACACUAUUAUUAUGUAUGAUUAAGUGAUAUGAGCAUUUGCGUGCAUGAAGAAUGCUCAGAGUGAAGUGGCUUUAAAGUGAUUAAUUAACUAUUCGAUUACACAAUUUUCGUUAUGCUAUAGUUUUUUUUGCAAUUAUACCGUUCGACAUUCUCGACUUUCUAUUUCAAAUGCAUUUCGUCCAAUCGCGUGAUUCCUUAAUAUAUGAUAUUAUAUAUUUUAAAAAGGACAUGGACUAGAGUGAAGGUUGCGUUACAAUUGAAUUUGAUUGUUUAGAUUUUAUGGAUAAAAAAAGUUGUUACAAUUAAAAGGAGUAAAAGAAAAACUAAAUAAUGAUAACGAUCGCAUCGCCGUGGAAUAGAGCCGAGCAUCAUCCCGCCCAGCUUAGCUCUUAGCUCUUGGUUGAUUGUCUACGUACGUGUACAAGAGAUUAACUUAUAUCGUAUUACAAAGUUGGCAUUUCGUAAAGAGCAGGUUUUGAAACGGUGCAAAACAAAUGAAAAUAUUAAUUGUUUUUAUUGUAAGUGAGAGAAAAAUUCUAUUUAAAAAUGAAAAGCCUUCGAGGCUCUUUCAUUGGCAUACCCUUCCACGUAUAAUUAAUGAAAGAUGGCUUCUUCGGAAGUUUUUCAAAUAUGCGCAUACACUCAUAAACAUGUACUAUGUACAAACAAGUGUUUUUGUUUAUUUCGAUCUAUGUUUGUUCAUUUUUUGUAAUUUUUUCGUACUUUCAACGACGAGUUGCUGCUGCGACGAUAAGGGUGGCUCUCGUCCCUUUCCUAAGCGACUGUUGAUCGGUCCUUUAUUAUUAUUAUUAUUAUUCUUUUUAUUAUUAUUGAUACUAUUUUAAUUAUCUGUGUACAUCGUAACAAAACCAAGCACGUUUAUUUGCAAGCUAUAUUAAUGAAUUACAUGAAAUUAAAAAAAAAAUUAUUGAUUAAUAAAAUGAAAUGUGAACGUCUCUACUGAAUAAAACUGGAUUUAAAGAAAAAAAACACAAUGAAAUAUUAAAUAUAUUAUAAAUAUAUGUAUACAUAAGGAUAGGGAAAAAUGAAAUGUAAGUGAUGCAAAAAAAUUAGAUCCGUAUGCAAAUCUAUUAUAUAAAAAUGAAAAUUAUAUUAACUUGGUACAUAAGAUUGAUUACGUUGCGCCCAACUCCCCCGUUAAUACACUGCAGGCAGAUAUCGAAGAUUAUUAGACAAUUAUAAAUAAUAACUGCGAUACACGACACAUCCUCGUAUAGAACUGUACAAUGAAAUAUAAGAACGGCUUGUAAAAUCUAUGUGAACGAAAAUGAAACAUGCCAUCACUAUGCUCUAUAUGAAUGCGAUGUCACCAUGUGAUUAUUUUUAAAUGAUAUACGCACUUGAAAAAGGAUUGCGGCAUACAUAAGAUAAUAAAGGCGCAAUAUAGGUAAAGAGCAGUUGUAUCUAAGUCGAGGAAGUUAAUGUAUGAGCGCAUUCAAUCCGUACGCAGAUAAGUUACGUGCCUAAUUCACGUAAUAUUCUUUCUAACUCUAUUCUCUCUUUCUCACACAAAUACACGAUCGCAUAUUAGGUAUGUAUAUCUGCGAUAAAAUAACGUAAAAAAAGCAAACGACGGCAUAUUAGAUAUUUGUAUUACAAAUAGGGUGUUUAAAGGAUAAUUGUAACCGAUUGCGUAUAGAAAUGUCAAAGUCUGGCGGGACCCAGAAAAAUUGGCACUAAGUCAACAUUUACACACACUGACUAUAUGUUACAUUAGCUCCUGCAAUAAAAACGCACGAAUAUUCUGAAAAACAAUUAAAAUCCGUAAACGAAACCGAACAAUUCAUAUUUAGUUUCUGCAUGAAAUAUGUUCAUAAGCAAACAAGCCAUCGCGAUUUUACUGAUAAAAUCGUCGCCUUUUAUUCUGGGUCCCUUACGUUGGGCGCUACGAAAAGAUUCAUUAUAAUAUAAUAAAAUAGGCAACGAUGCUGUCCGAUGAGGGCUGCAACGAGUUGAUGUACUUGAAUCGCAACGUCGAUGGUAUAGGACAAAGUAAGAAAUGUGUGCGUGUUAUUACAAAAUAUUAACAAACAAGUAAUCGAUAUGUGUAUAUGUGUAUGAGAAUAAGGAAAAAAAGAAAAUGAAUAAGCAUGCGUAAAGAAAAAGGUAAAGAAAGUUAAGAAGCUGGCAUGGUAGAAAUAGUUUGGUGUUUCAUUUGCUGUUUUAACGAUUAAAGAAAAAUAAAAAUAAUAAAAAUCGAAAAAUACUACCAAAAGAUGAAAUAUGGUGUCGUUAGAUAGUUGUUGGUCGUUGCUGAUUAUAAACAAAUUAUGUAUAGAUAAAUGGAUAACAAAAAAAUUUAAAAUAACACACACAAGCCAACUGCGAUUUUACGUGCGUAACGAUACGAGACGCGAUAAAAGAUUAAGUGGACAAAAAAACAAAUAUAUAUUAUAAUGCCAGUUUUAAAACGAACAAAACACAUUUCUUGAUUGGAUAAAACGUUAUGGUCGUAAUUUAGCGGAUCUAUACAAUUGUGCUCGUGAUAGAGACUUACAUGAUGGACAGUGAUUUACUAAUAUGUAAUAAUGGCCACUGUGUGCUCUGAAAGAUUAGCGAAAAGAUCUAAUUGAAUACAGCAACUAUCAUUAUUAUCUUAUCAUAGCAAUUAUUACUAUUAAUUAAUUAUCACUAUUAUUAUUAUCAUUACAAUAUAUUGAUUGUCUUUUAAGAGCAUGGAUCCAAAUUUUUGUUACUGCGAUUAUUAUUGUGGUGUUAUGAUAUGAAAAUAAACGAGUCAAGUGUUCACCGAUUGGAAGAUUCUUCGAGAAGAUAGGAAAUACAUACUUACACUGAAAAUAACUGAAAGCACACGCAGAAAUAACUUCACCAUGAGAGGGAGCAGUGCACAAGACUCGAAAAAAAGUUGAAAAGUUGUUCUUCGGUCUUAUAAUGCAUUAUAAUAUGAUUAUGUGAAUGAAAAAUACUGCGAGUUUGAGCCAAAUUGAAAAAUGAUUUUUAUUAAAUAAACAAUUAUCGAAAACACAAUGUUUUAAGUUACUUGGAUUAUUUAUCGACCAAGUUUCCAUGUAUGAAAGUUAAAUUUAAUAUCAUUCACACUAUGAGUUCAUUGCACCCUGUUUCUUUCUAAACUCAAAUUAUGAGUUAUUUGAGUUCUAGUUACUUAUAGUUACAUUUUAUGUUGUGCAUUGUCAUUUUCUGACACGAGCUUUUUAAUAAAAAAUUUUAUGAAAAA